AUGGCUACAGUGGGCGUGUCCCAAACAAGGAAGCCCGAGGUGCCCCCCUCAGACAUGGAUGAUCAUGAAGAGAACGGCGGCGCUUCGUUGGCCGCACAUGGCAGCUCCCCCCGAGGCGGGCAGAGUGAGGCGCCCAUGGUUGACACCCCCACAGCGGCCCGACACCUCUUCCAAAGCCUGUCCCGGAACCCGCCGGGCCCUCUACCACUUUCCCAGGGACUGCCGCUUCGCUUCGACCGGAACAUCAAACAAGCGUUCUACAACACGGGGGCCCUGCUGUUCGCGGCCGGCUGCUGCGGGGCUGCCAUCCUGGUGUACUUCAUCCUGGAGGCCUUCCUCCGGCCACUGCUAUGGGCAGCACUUUGCGGCACCUUCCUCCAUCCCUUCAAACACACUCUGACAGGUGCCUGCCGCCGCUGGCUGGCCCGGAUCCAGCGCCAGGGCUCGCCCAUUGUCCUGGCCACCUUCUUGUUACCCGUCAGCUUCAUCAACCACAGUCUGGAGGCCCUGGGGGAGCUGCUGGCCCGGAGACUGCCAUUGCUGGCCGGGGCGCCUCUCCUCUAUAUGCUCUACUGGGCGGCCAGCUACCUGGGAGUGCGACACCUGCUGGGCGCCUUGUGUGGUGUCAUCUGCGGGGCCCUGGACUACUUCAGCUCCCAGUGGAUUUGGACACUAGUCAUUGGGUAUAUCCUGGCAGUUUCAUUCAAGUGGAAUGUAGGAACCCAGCGAUAUCUAGCUGCCAUUUCUAUUCCUAUUUGGCUCAUUCUACUCUUUCACUUCGCGUCUGUUGCUGGACCUUGGAAGAUUCCACUAUUCCUUGUGAUUGUGUUACUGAUGGCUGUAGGAGCCCUGCAUGAGAAACAGGCUGUACAAGGGUCUUCAGAAAUGGUUCUUCCUGGACAAAUGUUAAACAUUUGCAACCACAACUAUUGCCAUGGGCAAUAUCAAUCACUGGUUUUCAUCAACACCAAAGAAGAAAUUAAUGCAGCAGAAAGUUCAGGAACGGAUACAAGUGGGACCCCUACCUCUCCCCUUUCGUCCUCCUUUGGCAAGAGAAGUGAUAUUGGAGCAUUUUUAAGAAAAAAGAAAACUAGCGACAUCUACUUUGUUCUCCUUUGUGUGGGCCAUUGUUAUUGUACAGAUAUGCCUUAAUUUAUGGAUUGUACAACUUCUUCCUGUACCCAUUGCAGUUUUUGUAGUUAAGAAGCUGGUGAUACGUUUUGGAGUUAUAGAUUUUUUGGUGGAUCGUUUUGGAUCUUGGUGGGAUGUAAUAGAAAACUUUUUGAAAGAACGACAAGAAGCAUUGGCACCUGGACCGAUUCGAGGACUGGGAAAGUUUAUCCUAAAAGUUGACUGUAAGAUGAUCAUUUGGCUCGAGAAAACACUUGACAAAAUAAUAAGCAUAUUUAUAAUAUUUUUGCUCGUCAUUGGAACUCUCCUUUUAACCUUACUUUUGACAGCAAAGGUUCAUGAAGAAAGUGUUCAUAUUAUUGAAGUGACCAGCAAUCUGAUCAAUGAAACUGUCUCCAAUCAUCCAGAAUGGGCAAAUUGGCUGCCUGAAGCACAGGUUGUCCAGACAGCUCUCAACUCUGCUGCAAACAAUGUUUAUCAGUAUGGCAGAGAAUGGAUUACUAAUAAGCUACACAAGGUACUAGGAGAAAAAGUUAACAACACUGCUAUAAUUGAGAAAACAAGUUCUAGAACUCUGGGACAGACUGUACCAUUCCUGGAUCACAAAGAAUGUGACAUACUCCAGCAGAAACAAGGGUCACAAGAUGCCGAUACAACGUCAGAACAGUUGGUUUGGAGAGAUCUUGGAUUGGCAAGAUAUUGCUUCAUUCGUUCAUGAAAAUAUUGAAACGUUUCUUUCGAUACUGGAGUCGCUCUGGAUUGUAAUGAGUCGAAAUUUAAGCUUACUUUUUACCACUGUGACAACUUUGUUUACAAUCAUCAUCUACAGUGGCACGGCACUCCUUAAUUUUGUUUUGUCUUUGAUUAUUUUCCUUACAACGCUGUUUUAUCUCCUGAGCUCCAGUGAUGACUACUACAAGCCUGUAAAAUGGGUUAUAAGUCUCACUCCACUCUCUCAACCUGGUCCUUCCUCAAAUAUAAUUGGUCAAUCAGUUGAGGAAGCUAUAAGGGGUGUAUUUGAUGCUUCCCUAAAAAUGGCUUGCUUCUAUGGACUGUACACUUGGCUUACUCAUACAAUGUUUGGGAUAAACAUAAUUUUUAUACCAUCUGCUUUGGCUGCAAUUCUUGGAGCAGUGCCUUUUUUGGGGACAUACUGGGCAGCUGUACCUGCUGUUUUAGACCUGUGGUUUUCCCAAGGAGAAAGCUUUAAAGCAGUAUUACUACUUGUAUGUCAUUUGUUGCCAACAUACUUUGUUGAUACUGCAAUUUACUCUGAUAUAUCUGGAGGUGGUCAUCCAUAUUUGACGGGUCUGGCAGUUGCAGGAGGUGCAUACUACCUAGGACUGGAAGGAGCAAUCAUUGGCCCUAUUCUUCUUUGCAUACUGGUUGUUGCUUCAAAUAUUUAUAGUGCAAUGCUAGCGAGUCCAACUUCUGCAUUGCCCACACCAUCAACUACACCCUGGCCUCUUCAGACUCAUCGACCAUGUAAAGAAAACCCUCAAGAGGCAAGGAGUACAACGGAGUGA